UAACUUUCUCCUCUCACCUCGUGUUCACUUAGGUCAAAAACUUAGUGCUCAAAGAGGUAGAUAUAUAAGGAGAGUGUGAGACUGCUCAAACCCUAGACUCUGGUGCAAUUGCAAACUUAAAGCUGUCAAUUUUUAUCUGUUAGACAAUGAAUUCAAACAAUUGGUUAUCUUUUCCUCUUUCUCCUACUCAUCCUUCUUUACAUACCUCUCAUCCUCAACAGUUCUCUUUAGGGUUAGUCACUGAAACUAUGGAUAAUCCAUUUCAACCCCAAGAAUGGAAUCUUCUUAACAAUCAAGGCAGCAAUGAAGUACCCAAAGUAGCAGACUUCCUUGGUGUGAGCAAAUCCGAGAACCAAUCAGAUCUUGUAGCCUUCAAUGAAAUUCAGGCCAAUGACUCUGAUUAUCUGUUUCAAAGCAACAGUCUGAUGCCAAUGCAAAAUACUGUAGUAACAGCGUCCAGCAACAGCUAUGAGUUUCAGGAAAAUUCUAACACUAUGCAGUCGCUGACAUUGUCUAUGGGUAGUAGCAGUGGCAAGGGCUCUACCGGCGAAACCAGCGGCGAUAACAGUACUAAUACGGUUGAAGCAGUAGCUCCAAGAAGAACUUUAGAUACAUUCGGGCAAAGAACUUCUAUAUAUCGUGGUGUAACAAGGCAUCGAUGGACAGGACGGUAUGAGGCUCAUCUCUGGGAUAAUAGCUGUAGAAGAGAAGGUCAAUCUAGAAAAGGAAGACAAGAAUCAAGCAACAUGGUAAGAGCAUACAAGCAAGAGCAUGUUUACAAGCACCCAUGGGAGAGGGUAACUUCAGCAUCCUGGCGCAAGUUUACCGACCCUGAGAACAAGCAUAUUCUUUCACAUAUUGUUGAAGUUGACACUUUGAACCAGAAGGUUGAUUGUGAAUCCGGGAAGCUAUAUACUACUCGUGCUGUCACUGUGCAUGCUCCAGGACCAUGGUUCAUCCGUAAAAUUAUUCGGCAGGACAUUUGCCAUUGUGUUGAAUCCACAGUUGUUGAUGCUCGUACUCGGUCAAUGCAGCUUUCCAGCCGCAAUAUUAGUCUUGAGAAGUUCAUUGAGGUGGAGGAGAAGAUACGGUAUGAUCCUCACCCUGAAAAUCCUAAUGCAUGGACUCUUUGUCGGCAGGAGACGAGCAUACGGAUAAAGCCACUAUCUGCUUUGGCAUCAAUGGCAGAGAAGAUAGAACAAAGAUGUGUUGACAAGUUUCUACAAAAUAGUGCCAAGGGUAGGGAGGUCAUGGAGAGAAUCUGUAAAUAUCUUGAAGCUGAAUCUGGAGGGAUUUCCCUGUAAUUCUUUCUUGUUUUUGUUUUUUCACCUUACCAUAGCAUUAGAUCAUAGUUCUUUGGAGUCCCUUUUUGAGAGUAGAACUAAAGGAACAAAUAUACAAAUUAAGAUUGAUGGAUGUAUAAUAAUGGAGGAUUGACAUUGCAAUCAGUUUUGCUUGUGAGAGAAAUUUUGAAGUAGAUCAAUGCAGUCCGGAGAUUAUACACUUUA